UCGGUACGUUGUGCGCACGUUGGCUGUAAUGGACACGCGCGUCACCCGUACGUCACCCGUACUUGGGAUGAAUCCGUACGGGUGACGCAGAGAAAGUUCCUCACGCACUAAAAGUGCUAUGUCGUGUCUGCGUGCUCCCAAAUUCGUACUGAGGCGGUACUCACCACGUACUCACCACGUACACUUGCAUGUACGGCGGGUUGGGACCGCCGCUUAAGUGGCGGACUAUCUCUUGCAGCGUAAAACCAAAACUUUUAAGUUUUCGACACCCGAUGAAGUGCAAAUUGUAAAAAAGUUGGAUAGAUGAUUUAACAAAAAAAUCAUUUAGUUUUUGACUGUGAACAAUUCUCCAGUUAUCCUACUGACCCAUGACACCAGGAUAUAAGUUAGUGUAACUCUUUUAGUCAAAUUCAGACUUGCUUACUGCCUUCUUUGUUAUGGUUGAGCCAGAUUGAUGUAAAAAAAAUCAUUUAUUUUUGAUAGUGAACAAUUUUCCCGUUAACCUUCUGGAAACCCAUGACACGUAAAUAAUUUAUGGUAAAUGCACUAUUUUUGCUAAGCCAGAGUUUUCUGUGCUUGGCAAGUUUUUUUGCUAACACUACAUGCACAGGCUUUAUUUUGGCCUAGGUCUGAGGUGGUCUUUUUGUUCUUGCUGUACCAGCGGAUUUAAGAGGAAUCAACCAACUCUGACCAGUGUUGUCUUUGUGGACAUACACUGUUAAUUUAAUUGAUGUCUAUGUCACUGUGGAUCAGCUCAACUACUAGACUCUGCAACAAGAGCAUUUGAGGGAAAACUGCUACAACAGGAGCUUCUUUGUCAAACUAAACAGAAAGAGAUGAAGGAAACAAAGGAAUGGCCUGCCCAAGUGUCCUCGUUCUUGUGCCUUUCAACAUCUACACCAAUGACCAACCAGUGUCUCAAUGGAAGGAUCUCUAUCUAUGCUAAUGACCUUGGGAUUGCCGCCCAAAGUACCAACUUCGAGGCCCUGACAACCUCACAAUUUAAAAACAGACAACCAACUGAUGGUAACCUCCUACAAAGAUCCACUCUGUCUAAGCCUGUUCCACAGAUCAACAGAUUUCAAGUUGCACAACUGCUGAACAAAGUACCUGCUCAAACACAUCGUUGUUUGAAAACGCAUCAAUGAAAUGACUGAUCAGUUACAAGAGUACUUUGAUCGCUCAUUGGAGUUUAACAACCAAGUGCUUAUAAUCAAGCAGUGCUCCAGUGGGGAUGUUGGAUGUGUUGUUUGGGAUGCUGCCUUAGUCUUGCUGAAAUUCAUGGAAUCAGACUUUUUCAAGUCCAAACAUGAGACUUUGGAACAAAAGCAUGUGAUUGAAUUGGGAAGUGGAACUGGAGCAGUUGGACUGGCAGCAAGUUUACUGGGAGCUAACGUGACCAUCACAGAUCUUGAGGAAUUUGUGCCUUUGAUGCAGUUGAACGUAAAUACCAACGAAGCCCUCGUCAAAGGUUCCCUGAUGGCAAAAACACUCAAAUGGGGUGGUUCAGUGCAGGAGUUCUUACCUCACCCUGACUUCAUUCUACUGUCGGAUUGUGUCUACUAUUUACAGGCUGUCGGUGAUUUAGUUGUUACUCUAGAUGAACUCAGUGGGCACGAUACAGAGAUCUUGUGCAGCUAUGAGGAGAGAACAAUUGGACAAAACUUACAAUCACUUGACAAAUUCUUAACACUUGUGAACGAAAUAUUUGUAGUUGAUGAGAUACCAUUAAACCAGCAAGACCCUGUAUAUCGUAGCGAGGACAUACACAUUCUGUCAAUGAAGAAAAGGUGACCUAGUCUGCCUUCCUGACAUUGGAGAGGACUUGUGAUAUUUUGAGGUAAAAAGGGUAGUCCAAUGGAACUUGUAUGUAUUGUUCAACACAGGAAUUGAAAACUCUUCUUGAUAUUGAAAGGGCAACCCAACCAUAGAAAAAAAGUGUAAUCUGGAACCAAGCAGAUGAAGAUAUUCAUGUGAAUCUUGCAAAGUGAUACAUGUAUAUUGUAAUUGACAGGUUGCCAUGUUCAACAGAUAUAUGUGCCAGCAUUGCCUUAUGGAAUAAGUUAUUGUAUUUAAAUAUCUUAUCAAUAUCAUAUACCUUAUAUAAAAAAAUUGUUGCUUGAAGCACUAUUUCAAUAAUGAAGAAGGCAAUUCCUAAGUGGAGCAUUUCAAGAGACUUUUUUGCCCCAAUUUAAAACAACGUAAACAGCUACCUGAGCGGAAUGUUUUCAACAGAAAUGGUAUUUUUACUUGUUUAUAAUGCACUUGUU